AUGAAACGGGACGUCCAGCGGGAGAUCGUCAAGGACUGGAAAAGGGCGAAGGAGGAGGAGAGGAAGCGGCAGGAAGCAAGGGCGAGGGAGCGGUAUGUGGCCGCUAAGCGGAGCGAGGAGGAGUGCGUGAGGGCGCGGCAGCGGGCGAACGGGAUCAGACUGGAGGAGUACAAGCGCCAGAAGGCAGCCGAGCGCCAGGCAGCUGAACGGGCUGUGCUGACCAUGAAGGCCAUGAACGUGCCCCAGCCGCCGUCGCCACAGACCGCUGCUCGCCUGAGGCAGCGCAGUGAUGCCCUCGUGAAGAGAAGACAGGAGGCGGCGGAGCAGAAAGAGAGGGACCGGCGCGACAGGGAAAAUAGGGCUUUGAGCAUCAAGCGACAGGUGUCCAUUUCCGUCGAACGUGAUCCCGUCCGGGUGCUCAAGGACACGGCGUUGAUGAAGAUGAGAAAGGCGGCGGCGCGGCUCGAGGAACUCAAGCCCCGGGACAGCGGCUACAUCCGCAAUGUCCAGCACAAGGCACAGCCGGUGUGGAUCAAGGCGCCCGCGAGCGCUGGAGUCUGA